AUGUUUGUUUGGGAUCUGACGAAAAUACCCUUGGUUUAUUUCAAAAUAUACGGUCAGGCCUCUCUCUGUUUCAUCUUCACUACGACUCUCUCUCAUCUUCACGGAGAACAGUUUUCGCCGGCUUCGUCGCCUCCGUUCAUCACCGACGUGCCCAUCUUCGGCUGCUGCCGUGUUUCUCAGCAAUUUGUGCUUCUUGUGAUUCGUUCGAGCUUAGUUGCUGUAAAUCGUUAUGUUUUGGAGGCAGAGGAAGCGAAAACCGGAGGGGGAAACAAAAAGGAAAUGGAAAACUUGGAAGGCUUGCAAAUUCUGGCGGAGCAGUGGUUGCAUCAAGGAAUUGAAUUUGUUCAAGAGAUACCACCGUCUCAGCUUUACGCUGCUAUUGGUGUUGUGCUGUUAACCACCGUCUUGUUCUUCUCUGCUCGCUUGUUCAGACGUACAAAAUCCAACACUGUACUCCUCUCCGGGCUAACCGGAAGUGGCAAAACAGUGCUCUUCUAUCAACUUCGAGAUGGAUCUUCGCAUCAGGGUGCUGUAACGUCAAUGGAACCGAACGAAGGCACCUUUGUGCUCCACACUGAAACCACCAAGAAAACAAAGCCUGUUCAUCUUGUUGAUGUCCCUGGGCACUCUCGGCUUAGAUCUAAGCUAGAAGAAUACUUGCCUCGAGCAGCCGUUGUUGUGUUUGUGGUCGACGCAUUGGAGUUCCUCCCGAAUUGCCGUGCUGCUUCAGAGUACCUUUACGACAUUCUGACCAAUGCGAGCGUGGUUAAGAACAAGAUCCCGGUCCUGCUCUGCUGUAACAAGACGGAUAAAGUAACUGCCCACACAAAAGAUUUCAUCCGCAAGCAGAUGGAGAAAGAAAUAGAGAAACUUAGGGCUUCGAGGAGCGCGGUAUCAACAGCUGAUAUAGCUAAUGACUUCACGCUCGGGAUUGAAGGAGAAGUGUUUUCCUUUACGCAUUGCUUAAACAAAGUCACGGUCGCUGAAGCAUCUGGAUUAGCAGGAGAAACUGAUCAGAUAUUGCUUUCGGCACACGCUAACGAUUUCAACCAAGACAUUGACAUAACAUGGGGUGAUGGUCGAGGAAAUAUUUUGAACAAUGGAACACUUGUAAAUCUCGCUCUUGACCAAUCUUCGGGAUCAGGGUUUCAAUCGAAAGCCGAGUAUUUGUAUGGAAAAGUCGACAUGCUGAUCAAACUUGUCCCUGGAAACUCUGCCGGGACCGUGACUACCUUCUAUUUGAAGUCUCAAGGAUUAACAUGGGACUCAAGGCAAAGGCGAUAG